AUGAGCACCGCUGAUUUGAAUUACUUUACAUGCACGCUCGGAGAAGCAGCAAAAUGGCAAGCUUCAGCGCCCGAGGAACAACAGCCUUUCAAAUCUGUGCUGGAGAUGUUAGGCCAGCAGGCCGAAGCGAUUCCUGAGGUUGCGGCUUUGGGGUUUGCCGACUUUUCCCGCGACGAUGCUUUUAUGGUCCCUACCCAUCUUACGUUCCGAGAGCUUCGCAACCUAUCGUUGCAAGCGGCAAACACCCUAUCAGCUGCUUUCGGUAGAGGCAAUGGGACGAACGAGUCCCCUGAGACUGUCGGUCUCAUUUGCAAAACGAGCCUCGACUUCCUUUUAACGUGGCUGGGCCUCGCGCAUCUUGGCUGCGUUGUCUUCUUCAUUGCACCGCAACUCGACUCUCGAGCUAUCUUGCAUCUCUGCGAAAAGUCGCGAGUGAAAAGACUUGUCGUCCAACCAUCACUGAGGGCGAUUGUAGAUGACCUUCAGGAUAAGGUCAAUGUGCUUAAAAUCCCGCCCUACUUUUACAGGCCAGUAGCAGAACCCAAGUUGCCACAGCAAGCCUCAGCCUCUGAGAUAUCUCAUAUUUUCCACUCGUCCGGCACAUCUUCAGGCCUGCCGAAGCCCCUACCGCAAAGUCAACACUGUGCAGUUGGGGCCCUUCCCCGCCUCCCUGGAGUAGACAAACCUGCAACGUUUACCACGACGCCGCUUUACCACGGCGGCAUAGCAGAUUGCCUUCGGUCCUGGACAAGCGGCGCAAUGAUUUGGCUUUUUCCCGAGUCCAGGAUGCCAAUUACGGGCUCCAACGUUGUAAAAGCGGUCAAUUUCUCGCGAAAGCACAGCCCCGUGCCCGACGUCAGAUACUUCUCGUCUGUCCCAUACGUGCUACAAAUGCUGAUGGAAGAAGGCCGAGAGGGGAUAGAAAUUUUGAAAAGCAUGGACCUGGUCGGCUUCGGCGGCGCCGCGUUGCCCACGUCUAUCGGCGACGACCUGGUGAACAAAGGCGUGCGACUUAUCUCGCGGAUGGGCAGCGCCGAGUGCGGAUUCCUGCUAUGCUCCGCCCGGGAAGAUUUCGACAAGGAUAAAAACUGGCAGUUUUUGCGGUGCAAGGUCGAUAACCAUGUGUUGGCCUUUGAGCCGCGGGACGAAGGGCUGUUUGAGCUAGUCGUCAAGCCUGGGUGGCCACUUAAGGAGCAUUCCAAUCGGCCAGACGGGUCAUUUGCUACGGCUGAUCUUUUCGAGCGCCACCCGUCGAUUGGAAAUGCCUGGCGUUAUCACUCGCGAGCUGAUGCACAGAUCGCGCUUGACAACGGCAAAAAGUUCGAUCCGUCGCCGAUCGAGGAAGCUAUCCUCGCCCAAGUCCCGACCUUGCUGGAGGGCGUGUUGGUGUUUGGUGCUGGGCGCACCUUUCCCGGUGCUUUACUUUUUACCAAGGAUGGUAGCGGCAAAGGUGAUAGCGCUGUAAUCGAUGCUGUGUGGCCAGCCGUCGACAAGGCCAACCAGGCGUCACCGAGCCAUGCGAGAAUAUCGAGGACGAUGCUUGUCGUAGUGCCCGGCACGAAUGGACAACCGCCACUGGAGAAAAGCAGCAAGGCCACCAUUAUGCGCGGCAAGGCAGAAAAGCGAUACGCCGAGCAUAUUGAAGGCGCCUACAUGCCUGGGGCAACAGCCCAGGGGAGGACCGGCGUCAGCAUCGAAGACAUCCCAGCCGCAGUUUACCAAAAGUUUACUCAGGUAUUGGGGCGAAAACUGGAUCCCGACCAAGACCUUUAUCAACAAGGCGUCGACUCGAUGGCGUGCAGUCACGUCCGGGGGUUGAUUGAAGCAGAGGUUAUGCCCGCCAACAGCCACAAGCUGCCCAUGAACAUUAUAUAUGACAACGGCAGCAUUGGCAAGCUUGGCAAGUUUCUUCAGAGCGUCAUACGUGGGUCUGCCCCCAAAACAAUAGACGACGAGGAAGACCUCAAUCUGAUGCGAGACCUCGCUGCCAAGUACUCGACGUUCAGCAGCGUUGAAAACACAGGUCGGCGUCACCACCAGAGUGGCCAGACAAAGGUUGUAGUGCUGACUGGCGCGACUGGCACCUUGGGUGCACACAUUCUGCAUGGCCUCCUAUCCGACAGCCGAGUGACCAAGACCUUUUGCCUAGUCCGCGCCAAGGAUUCUAAAACCGCUGCAGAGCGGGUACGAGAUUCUCUGGUUCGACGAGGCCUCGACGGUUCGCAGAUCCGAAAUGACCGGGUAAUCAGCGUGCCGUGCGACCUGACACGUCAAAAUCUUGGGCUUUCAUCCCUUCAUCGACAGUGUAUAGCCCAAGAGGCAACGCUGUACAUACACGCGGCCUGGCCUGUCAACUUCAGUCUGCGUCUGGCGUCUUUCAAAAACCAGCUAGCAGCCGUGCAGAAUCUGAUAGUGAUUGCUGCCGCCAACGCCGCACGAUUUUGCUUCAUCAGCUCCACGGCAUCCGUAGCCCAGUCGCCCCACACUGUCAUUCCGGAGGAGCCAUCCUCCGACCCGCGCCAUGCAGCACCACUAGGCUACGCGCAGUCCAAAUGGGUCGCAGAGAAAAUAUGUGCCGCGGCACAUGGAACGUUUGGCCACGUUGGCAUUAUCAGGGUCGGCCAGCUCUGUGGCAAUAAGCAAGGCGUCUGGAACAUGAGCGAAGCAUGGCCGUUGAUGCUGUCCACUGGCAACCUGACCGGCUGCCUUCCUGAUCUGCAAGACGAGGUGCUGGAUUGGUUUCCUGUCGACCAGGCUGCCGAGGCUAUAUUGGACAUUUUUGUACCGGAUACUGUGAUAUCAACGACGACAGACGUGGAUAUAAAGGUCUACCAUAUAUACAACACGCACAGGAUACCAAGCUGGACUCGGAUGCUUCAAUGGAUCCAGGAAAGUGAGCAGGCGCAAAAACUGGAAAUUGUGCCGCCUCACAUUUGGAUAACGAGGUUGGAAAAGGCUUUAACGGAAAGGGAUCAUUCCUCAAAUGCAUUAUUACAUUUCUGGAAGGAUAAGUACACCGGGCAGCCAGUGAACAGCGCGGGACACGAGCACAAGGCUGCUAAGCCAUGUUUUUGCGUUGUCAGAGCGCAGAGCCAGUCUCCCGCCGUCCGCAACAUAAAUUCCAUUGGUCAAAAGGACGUGAUGAGGAUGUGGGCUUGGAUGCAAAGUAAAUAA